UAGGAGAACAGUGGGGAGGUGAGAAAAUCGUACGAGCUGUUUAAAAACCAAGCCGGAAAAAAGUUUAAAAAUGGAAAUAUGAAAACUGUCUGACACCAGAAUAAUACAGAAAGAGCGCAAUGCUGACUCUACCGUUUGGGGAUCCUGUCAUAAUAGACACUCAAUUUGGGCCAAACUUUCCACGGGACUGCGUGGGUGAAAUUAAGGUCAAUAAACAAGAACCGUUAAAAAACGAGACGAUGAACGACGAGGAUUCGGAGAAGGAUGAGUAUGAAAGGGAGGACGGACAGGACGAGAACGGUUUGCCUCGGAGGAGAGGGCCUCGGAAAAAGAAAAUGACCAAAGCGCGUGUCGACAGGGUGAAGCUGAGACGCAUGGAGGCCAACGCGCGGGAGAGGAGCCGAAUGCACGGACUGAACAACGCCCUGGACAGCCUGCGCAAGGUGGUUCCCUGCUACUCCAAAACGCAGAAACUGUCGAAAAUCGAGACCCUGCGACUCGCCAAGAACUACAUCUGGGCGCUUUCGGAGAUCCUGAGCACAGGAAAGAGGCCUGACCUCUUGGUCUUCGUGCAGACUCUGUGCAAGGGGCUCUCCCAGCCCACCACCAACUUAGUGGCCGGUUGUCUCCAGCUGAACGCAAGGAACUUAAUCACGGAUCAGAUAAACGGGGAGGCGUCUUUCUCUGGCAGGUCACCGUACGACUCAAUGUACACGACCUACCAAAGCACUGGUGUGGUGACGCCCUCCGGACACGGUAGUGGCGCUGUAGAAGCCGUCAACCCCUUCAGGCCGUUCAACUACUGCAGCUCCUACGAGACUUUCUACGAGAGCGUCUCGCCGGAAUGCGCUAGUCCCCAGUUCGACGCCCCCCUGAGUCCUCCUAUGAACUUCAACGGUAUAUUUUCCGUCAAGCACGAGGACCCGAUCGAUUAUGGCAAGAGCUGCCACUAUGGCACGCGUUAUUGCGCAGUGCCGCCGCGCACCUCCAUCAGCCAGAGCGCAAGAGGAUCCUCGGAUCUCCAUUUCCCCUAUGACAUUCACCUCCGCGGCCAAUUUUACCCGGGUCAAGAUGAAUUAAACACGACUUUUCAUAAUUAAUGAGAGAAAGUCAAAUGUGACAAUAGGGUGAUGACUGAAGAAAAAAAAUGCAGGACUUUCAAUCGCAUUACAACAACGUAUUAUUCGUAUUAUUUAUAUUGCAGCCCGUCUCUCUGGGUAGUAACUUGGGUCUGAUGAUUUAUUAUGUAUCCUUUGUACUUGGAAAAUGUGCUAACAGAAAACACAAUGUUCCUAAAUGAAUUGUUUUUAUUGGUUUUAAACUAUCCAACAAAAUAUUUGGUUUGUUAUGCAUAUCCGGGUUAAGAUAUAAGAUCUUUGUUUUCGGUUAAAUUGAAUGUAUGCUAAUCUUUUAUACGCCCACACGGACCAUACAGAGGCAGUUAUACAUUUAUUUAAGAUGUCAGUCAUAUGUUUGCGAUGAGUAUUUAGUCAAAUCCGAGAGCAAUAACUGCUAAGGGUGCUAUGCAAACACACCAUCCUUUCAAAGUCUUUUAAUUCUCGACUUGACCCGCUGAUUUAUCCACACAAUGUUCGCACAAAGUCUUUAAAAUAUUGUGGAAAAAAAGACUUAAAUGGUAUUAGUUAAUCAUUUUUUACCACAUAGGCUACAUUUGUUUAUUCAUUCGUUAAAUGUAAUAAUAACAUAAAUUGUAUGUGUUUGCUUGGAGUCAGAUUUUCCAAAUGAAGAAAGUUUCGUGAGGUUUAACACAGGCGUAUUAUUGAUUGUGACGUCAAGAAUUAUACUAAUAGUAGUAAUAAUAAUAAUAACAAUUUAUUAUUUGAAUCAAUGAAAAGGUAAUCAAUAUAUUUAUUUUCAAACAAAAUAUGAUAGGAUAUCAAAUACAAUGGCUAAAUAAUAAUAAAACAAAAACUAAAUAAUGGCGGUAUAUAUUAAUUAAAGAUUAAUUUGUUUCUUUCAUUCAUUUUAAUGUAAUUUAAAUUUAUAUGUGCGUACAAUCACGUUUUGAACUUUUACAUUUCCAAAUAUUAACUCACGUUCACACAAAUCACAUUGAUCUGAAUGCGCAUAAUUUUACUAAAGGAUGAUAUAGAGAAAAAAACAACACAAAAAUGUAAUUGCAUUACGCAACAUGUUGUUUGACAGCUGUGACUUUUCGACAUCGAUAUAAUAUUGGUGGCACGUUGCUCUGAACAAUCGGUCAAGCAAAUGCAUUUGAAGCAUGUAAAAAAAAUCUAAAAAGAAAGAUGUCCUGUUUAGUGAACUCAUGUCACGGGAAUACUUGCCUUAAUAUAUUUGUUACACAUAAUUUAUGCAAUGUAUAAUGGACGUCUUCAGUGGUGGAUUCGUGAAUUCUUCUCUUUUGUGAGAAUUUCUCUCACAAAAAGGUUGUGAGAUUUGUUUUUGUGCAAACAUGACUGAAUGCACUGAAACUGGUCAUGUGCCGAUUUGU